UCCUGCUCUGACUCUCUCACCAUCUCUCUGCCUCUGACUCGCGGGGAAACUCGUACUUUUAUACCAAGGCUAAAUUUAGGGGGAUUGGCCGGUGCGCAGCGUCCCCAUCCUAGACGCGCUUCCUUCCCCCAUUCUCGCAUUGGUGUGCUACGCGCAGAGAACAAAAUAUUUAUAAGGAAAGCAGCUCCUUCCAGGCGCACAGCUCCACGUGAGUCAGGAGCAGCAGUUCAUCAGACGAAAGCGACGCAAUCUGAAGCUUUUUCUGGAGACUCAGCGGACGCUGGUCAUUUCAUUUAAACAGAGAAAGUCUUUUCUCUACAUUUAAGGUGACUUUUUCUUUUUAACAAGGCAUGGAUAUGGCCUUAAGUGGGACCAUUUUACCAUCAAUCUCUACAUUUGCCAGCCAAAAGGAGAAAAGCUGGGAAGAUAGGUGGAAAGCCAAUAUGAGCAGCGUUGACUUGGACAGCAGCUGCCUGGGCAGAAAAGACGAAGAGGACCUGGAUAAGUUCUUGGAUCUCGAAUUCAUUCUUGCAAACACAGCUGGCUCCGAUUCCUAUCGGCUCCAGGAGACCGGGUCGUACCAGCAGCAGCAGCAGCACACUGGGAUGCCCCAGACCAGCUACACAUCUGUCCCUGACAUGAACUGCCCUCCUCCACCUUACAACAGUCUGAUGGCGGAGCUCCUUCGCUCCGACGUGGAUGCGAGCUUCCUUCCCGGGAACAGUCUUAGCGUCCAGGGCAGAUUCCUGAUCAGCUCAACGCCUUUCCAGACCACUCAGGAUUUAUUCCCCGACCACCUAAGCAUUAAGGUGGAGCCCGCCUCCAUGGAUACAUACGGACCUGUGAUGGGUCUAGUGCCCCAGACCUGCACAAAAAUCAAGCACGAGGGCAACGUGUCCUGCAUGAUGUCUUACGAGCAGCAGCCGCGACUGGCCAACUCCCCGCAGGCCGCGGUGGGCAGCAUGACGCCGCCGCUCAGCCCGGACGACCUGAUGAGCUCCGAGUGCCACCAGCCUCAGGUGUGCGGCUCCACCUCGCUGACCUUCCCGCAAAGCUUCCACUCCCACCACCGCAGCGCGCCAGGGGGAUUCCCUCACCAGAGGCACGGGAUGCAGCUCCCAUUCACAGGGACGCACCACCACCACCAGUUCGCGGGUAUGUUCGCAGAAGAAGCAGCGAUGAGUAUGCAGCAGCAGCAGCAGCAGCCAGCGGCGGCUGGUCAGCGGCUCCUCCUUACACCUCCGUCUUCCCCGCUGGAAAUGAUGGAAACCAAGCCAAAGAGGGGGCGCCGUUCCUGGCCGAGGAAACGGACCGCGACGCACACCUGCACUUUUACCGGCUGUUCGAAAACCUACACCAAGAGCUCCCACCUGAAGGCGCAUCUUAGGACGCACACAGGGGAGAAACCAUACCACUGCAGCUGGGAGGGAUGUGGCUGGAAGUUCGCGCGUUCAGACGAGCUCACACGUCACUUCCGCAAGCACACUGGGCACCGACCCUUCCAGUGUCACCUGUGUGAACGGGCCUUCUCCCGGAGCGACCACCUGGCCUUGCACAUGAAGAGGCACAUGUAACGACAGUCCUGUGGGACGAAGAUGAGCAGGACUUAAAGGCUGCGACCUGACAAAAGGACUAUCAUAAUCCUACAAUGAGCUUUCAGAUCGAAGCUAUGCAAAUAUAUAGAUACAAGGUCCUAUAGGAGAAUGAGCUGUAGUGGUACCAUGGCAGGAGAAACAGCCAUACAGUAUAAUGAAGCCACUAGCUUGUUGACCACACUGUAAUGCCUACAGGUAUAUUUAUAGGAAUAUGAUGGUGAUUUUUAGUUGUGGCAAAAGGAGCUUCCAGACCAAAUGCCUUCCAAUGAUAUUGGUAAAAAAAAAAUCUAUUUAAAAGUUCUUGUUGAGGGAGACAAUACACACACACAUACAAACACCACAAAACAAUGAGUAUCAAUUGCCAGAUAUGACAGAAACAGAUCAAUUCUGUUCAGACUUAUUUUUUGACUAUGUAGCUGGUACUACAUUUUUAUAUGGAUUGUUGUUUAUAUAGACAACAGACUGUAAAGGAACAUUCCACUCAACAUGUCAGGCACAUGCAUCUGAAGCAACUGGAAGCAGACAUUCCUUUGAAGAACUAUGAUUUGUUUCUGUUUUUUUACCAUUGAUGCCUUAUAUAACACAUUAUUAAACAUCUUACGAGUGCCAUAUUCUUCACUGGCUAAAAGACAAUCAAAGUUUUAUUCUGUGUGUUAUAUUGUUAGUUUAAACUGCACAAAAAAUAAGCUUUGAGACAAUGUUUUGUUCUAAAACUGCCUUUCAUUCUGUCCUCCUUGAAGGCUUGAAUUGAAUGUCGUGUCUGUGAGUCAGUCUGUUGUCCUCUAGCAUCUGAAGUCAGGGUCUUACAGUCACAAGUGCAUGCCAUCUCAACACCAGCUGAUUGACAAAGGGCUAUGCAGUCAAUAGUCGUAUUGGCAACAAGACUUGUUUGUUUGUAUCUUGAAGAAAUGUACUGAAAUGUACCUAGUACAUAUCAUUUUUUACAUAAUGUAAAUAGUUUAUUUUAAUGUACAUAUUAAACUAAAUGAACAACA